CGCGGCGGGGCCCUCGGGACUUCGCAGUGUCCGCGGCUCGGCGCAGCCCGCGCGCUCCCGCCAGGCUGUGGGCAUCUCAUGCUUCGUUCUGUGCCCCAGAGCCUGAUAACAUGUCUGGCACUCAACAGAUUCUCAGUUGAUAGUUGCUGAAUGUGUAAAUGUGUACGAGUUCAGAACAAAGAAUACUGGGAUCUUCAAUGGCAGGAGACAGAGUGAUCAGAAGACCGAGAUGAAUUUUAACACUAUUCUAGAAGAGAUUCUUAUUAAAAGGUCACAGCAGAAAAAGAAGACAUCGCCCUUAAACUACAAAGAGAGACUUUUUGUGCUAACAAAGUCCAUGUUAACCUACUAUGAGGGUCGAGCAGAGAAAAAAUACAGGAAGGGAUUUAUUGAUGUUUCAAAAAUCAAGUGUGUGGAAAUAGUGAAGAAUGAUGAUGUUGUUAUUCCCUGCCAAAAUAAAUACCCAUUUCAGGUGGUUCACGAUGCCAACACACUCUAUGUUUUUGCACCUAGUGCACAAAGCAGGGACCGGUGGGUGAAGAAGUUAAAAGAAGAAAUAAAGAACAACAAUAAUAUCAUGAUUAAAUAUCAUCCUAAAUUCUGGGCAGACGGAAGUUAUCAGUGUUGCAGACAAACUGAAAAAUUAGCCCCUGGAUGUGAAAAAUAUAAUCUUUUUGAGAGUAGUAUAAAAAAAGCACUACCUCCAGCACCAGAAACAAAGAAGCGAAGGCCUCCCCCACCAAUUCCACCUGAAGAAGAGGAUAAUAGUGAAGAAAUCGUUGUAGCCAUGUACGAUUUCCAAGCAACAGAGGCACAUGAUCUCAGAUUAGAGAGAGGACAAGAGUAUAUUAUAUUAGAAAAGAAUGAUGUUCAUUGGUGGAGAGCAAGAGAUAAAUACGGGAGUGAAGGAUAUAUCCCAAGUAAUUAUGUAACAGGAAAGAAAUCAAACAACUUAGACCAAUAUGAGUGGUAUUGCAGAAACACGAACAGAAGCAAAGCAGAGCAGCUUCUCAGAAGUGAAGAUAAAGAAGGUGGUUUUAUGGUAAGGGAUUCCAGUCAACCAGGCAUGUACACCGUCUCCCUUUAUACAAAGUUUGGAGGGGAGGGCUCAUCAGGUUUCAGGCAUUAUCAUAUAAAGGAAACAACAACAUCCCCAAAGAAGUAUUAUCUGGCCGAAAAACAUGCUUUUGGUUCAAUUCCCGAGAUUAUUGAAUAUCAUAAGCACAACGCAGCAGGACUUGUCACGAGGCUGCGGUACCCAGUUAGUACGAAGGAGAAGAAUGCACCAACCACUGCAGGAUUCAGCUAUGAAAAAUGGGAGAUCAACCCUUCAGAGCUGACCUUUAUGAGGGAACUGGGGAGCGGACUGUUCGGAGUGGUGAGGCUCGGCAAGUGGAGAGCCCAGUACAAGGUGGCGAUCAAAGCUAUCAAGGAAGGUGCCAUGUGUGAGGAAGACUUUAUAGAAGAAGCUAAAGUGAUGAUGAAGCUGACACACCCGAAGCUAGUGCAGCUUUACGGUGUGUGCACCCAGCAGAAACCAAUUUACAUCGUCACUGAGUUCAUGGAAAGGGGCUGUCUUCUGAAUUUCCUCCGACAGAGACAAGGUCAUUUGAGUAGAGAUAUGCUGCUGAGCAUGUGUCAAGAUGUGUGUGAAGGGAUGGAGUACCUGGAGAGAAACAGCUUCAUCCACAGAGAUCUGGCUGCCAGAAAUUGUCUAGUAAAUGAGGCAGGAGUUGUGAAAGUGUCAGAUUUUGGAAUGGCCAGGUAUGUCCUGGAUGAUCAAUACACAAGUUCUUCUGGUGCAAAAUUUCCAGUGAAGUGGUGUCCACCCGAGGUGUUUAAUUACAGCCGCUUUAGUAGCAAAUCGGACGUCUGGUCAUUUGGUGUUUUAAUGUGGGAAAUAUUCACUGAAGGCAAGAUGCCCUUUGAGAAAAACACCAACUAUGAAGUGGUAACCAUGGUUACCCGGGGCCACCGACUCUACAGGCCGAAGCUGGCGUCCAAAUAUGUAUACGAGGUGAUGCUGAGAUGUUGGCAGGAGAAACCAGAGGGAAGGCCUUCCUUUGAAGAUUUGCUGCGCACGAUAGAUGAACUAGUCGAGUGCGAAGAAACUUUUGGACGAUGA